CUAGAAAUCUAAAUACCAUUUUGAUCGCACAGUUAGGAAACCACGAAACUACCUGGCAAUACUGUUGAUUACAUUUAACAAAGAUGGCUGCUCCCUGUGUUGAACUACCUAAAGGAGGCUUUUCUUUCGAUAAUUGUGCUAGAAAUGCAAGGCUUGAACAACUUGGUUUAAAGUUUCCAACAGCAUAUAAAACAGGUACAACUAUAGCUGGAGCCAUUUUUAAGGAUGGUGUUGUAUUGGGAGCUGACACCAGGGCAACUGAAGAUACAGUUGUUGCAGAUAAAAACUGUGCUAAGAUCCAUUAUUUGUCUGACAAUAUGUAUUGCUGUGGAGCUGGCACAGCUGCAGACACUGAAAUGACAACACAAUUAAUCUCAGCUGAACUUGAGCUACAUAGAUUAAACACAGGCAGGGUACCUAGAGUAGCCACAGCAAAUCGUCUACUUAAGCAGAUGCUUUACAGAUACCAAGGUCAUAUUGGAGCAGCACUUGUUUUAGGUGGUGUGGAUGUUACUGGCCCUAAUCUGUAUAGUAUUUGGCCUCAUGGUUCCACUGACAAGCUACCAUAUGUUACGAUGGGUUCAGGCUCUUUGGCAGCAAUGGCUACUUUUGAAGACAGAUUCAAGCCUGACAUGACUAGGGAAGAGGCAAUGAAGCUUGUCCGUGAUGCUAUAGCUGCUGGUAUCUUCAAUGAUCUGGGAUCUGGCAGCAAUGUGGACUUGUGUGUCAUCACUAAAGAUAAAGUGGAGUAUAUACGGCCAUAUGAAGUAGCUAAUAUAAGGGGAGUCAAACAAAGAAGCUAUAGAUACCAACGCGGAACUACAGCCAUUCUGUCAUCGGAAGUAAAGAAACUGGAUUUAGAUGUAUUUGGAACCGAAGUCAAGCAUCAACCUAUGGACACCCAGUAAUCACUUGUAACAUGUUUUAAUAAUUUCAAUGUUCUAACAUUCACUUUUUAUCAUUUGAAACAGUUUGUUUCAAUAAGGUUUGAAUUCUUCUACUCGAAAUAAUAUUGUAUCAUUAUCAUGAUUCGAAUGAUUGGUUGUAAACUAUGGCAAUGAUCAAUAAAUUGUUGAAUCAUU